AUGAUGCAAGGCAUGUCCUUUCCUCCGCACCCAACGGGCAUGCAACCCGGCGUGCCCCAUGGUCAUCCAGGAAUGCCUCCGAAUGCUCAGCAUAUGGGCCAGCCCAUGCAGAUGCCUGGUGUCUCGGGCCCCGGUGCUCCUCACAUGGGCCAACCAACAAUGAUGGGUAUGCAGCCCGGCCAGCAGAAUAUGCCGCCAGGCAUGGGUCCUGGACCGGGUGGUGGCAUGAUGGCCCAGCAGUCCAUGGGCGGUCCCGGUGCAAACGCCAUGGCCAUGAGCCAUCUCAACCCUCAAACCCACAUGAUGCAGCAGCAGCAGCAGCAACACCAUCAGAUGCAGCAAGCUAGUAAGUUUUACCUCGAAAUGCCCAUCGCAAUGUCUUUGAUUCUGACCGACAUCACCACAGUGGCCAAUAAUCCUCAAUUGAUGAUGCAGCAGCAGCAGCAGCAGCAACACAUGGCUCGUCAGCGACAGAUGAUGCAGCAAGCCCAGGCGCAACAGCAACAACAACAGCAAGCCCAACAGCAGCAGGCGCAGCAGCAAAUGAACGGCAUGGGCAUGAACAUGGGCAUGGGUGGCCACCCAGGCAUGAGUCCUCAGCAAUUUGCCCAGAUGCAGGCCAAUCCCCAGUUCCAGAAUGCACAGAUGGCGAAUCUUCCGCCUCAGCACAUCAUGCAGAUCCAGCGAAUGCAGCAGAUGGCCGCCCAGCAAGCUGCCCAGCAACAGGCACACGCGCAACAGCAGCAGCAACAACAACAGCAACAGCAGCAGACGCCACAUGCCCAAAACCCCCAAGCUCCGGCAACACCCCAGAUGGGACAACAGGCAAUGGCCCAGCACAUGGCCAUGGCGCACGUGUCGUCCCAGAAUUCUCAUCAAAGCGCUCCCCCCAAUAGUCAGCCUCCACAGCAGCAGCCGCCUCCUGCCCAGAUGAGGAGCCAGUCGCAAAUGCCAACUGGGCCUGACGGUCAGGGUCAAGGUCAACAACACCCUCAGCCUCCACAGCCUCAGCAACCUCAGAUGUCUCAAGGACAAGCCCAGCAACAGCAACAGCAGCAGCAGCAGGCUCAGCAGCAGCAACAGCAGCCUCCACAACCUCCAAGUGCUCACCCUACGCCGCAGAUGCAGGCACAGCCGCUGCCCCAACAAGCUUCCUCCUCGCAGCCUCAGCAGCCGAACCAGCAAACUCCCCAGCAGCCGGGCUCUGCUCAAUCGCAAAACCAGCCGCAGAGUGCCCAACAGCAACAGGCACAGCAGGCCCAGCAGCAGCAAGCACAGCAAACUGCUCAACAGCAGCAACAACAGCGUCAGCAGAUGAUGAACAUGACCAACAUGAACAUGAUGCGUCAGCAACAGGCCAUGGCUCAGCAGCAGCAAGCUCAGCAACAGCAACAGGGCCGUCCAAGCAAUGGCCAAUACAUUCUCAAGCUGAUCCAAUUCUCAGACCAUCUGAGCACAUUCAAUGCAAGUUCGCGUGAUGCCAACACACCAGAGCAUUGGAGCCAAUUUGUCGAUUCCUUCUGGAUGCCCAACGGCAAACUGGUCCAACAUGUCCUCGACAACACAACAUCGUCGACCAAACAGUUUACCAUCACUGCUUCUUCGCUGCCACGGUACUACUGGACUUACUUUGACAGUGGUGUGCAAAACAUACAACUCCAGCUCGAGGGUGUGAGAGAAGUUCCCACACAGGGCAACGUGACGUGGGUACAGUGCAGUCGUGCUCGCUACAUCUUCUGGUUCGCGAACAACACUCAAUUGAUUUGGCAAGGAAGGCUGACAGCCACCUUCCCCUCUGGCUCUGACAAGUUCGAAUCGCUCGACUUCGAAGUGUCCAAGACCGAAGAGUUCAUCUCACGCUCUGAGCUCGCUCGUGUCGUGCAACAGAACUCGCCCCUUAUGAACAAAAGUCCCAAGAUGAGCAGAACACCGGCUAAGAAGGCCAUGCAAAAGGCACAAGGCGCUCUUCAACUCGAAGAUUUCCCUUCAGCCCCUGUCAAUGAAUAUGCCGUCACUCCCGCCGUUAUGCAAUAUCUUGAGGGCCAGGUAGCGGAAACCAUCUUCUUCAUGAAGGAUCUGAUAGAGCAUUCUCAGAAGAACGACCUUCGUCCCCAAGACGCCAUGAACCAGAUGGUUGCUCAAAUCGAGGAGCAGCAACAGCAGCAACAACAACAAAUGCAAUUCGCCCAUCCCCAAAACAUGGUGCCAAAUCCCAUGCCGCCAAAUCAUGCUCAGAUGGCUUUGCAAAGAAAUGGAAACGUCCAACCCUUGCCACAAGGUGCUGGCACGCCCACUCAGGCCCACAUGCAGUUGCCUGGCCAGACGCCCAACUUCUCCUCGCCGUCAGUCCCCCACAUGAACUUGCCGAUGCAGCACCUGAACGGGCAACAGAUGAUGGCUAUGAAUGGCUCACCUCACAUCGCCCACCCCGGCUUGCCGGGCGCCUCUUUGAUGGCCCCGAACCACAUGAUGGGACAGAUGCACCACUCUCCGAGUCCGCACAUGGGCCCACCGAUGAUGGUGCCUCAGCACUCGCAGCAAGGCAACAAUCUCAACAGUGCUCAUCAGUCCGCAUCGACGAGUCCGAACAUAAACAGCAAGCGCCGGCGGUCUCAAGUCAAGCUCGAAGGCGACGAAGGGUACGAAGGACCACCUUCACAACGCAUGAAGCCCAGCGCAACCAUGAACCUAAACCUCAAGAAGAAGUAA